AUGUUGCCAGAAUCAGUUGCAGGCAAGGCGCAGUCUGUGCUAGACUUUGCGGCACAUUUGAAAGAGUGUCUGAGCAAAGAUGCAGAGACAGCCUUUCAAGGUUUUCCUGAUGUCCUCUUCUACAUUCGAGCCCUGCCUCUCCCACGAAAGGAGAUCUCGCCUAGUCAGAGGUUGGAGUUCGACCGCGAAGGCGUCGCAAUCUGGAAUAGUUGUUGCAAACUGGUCACAAAGAGAGGGACUGCGCAGCACCUUGGAGAUCUGGCUGACGACAGUUGCCGACUCGAGACCGGGGUAAAGAUUGUUGAACAACUUGCCUCAAAACAGGAGAGCUUGUCUCGGUCGAUCCACGACGAUGUCCCCAACAGCAGCCACGUCCAUGACGAUCUAAAAGAGCAAUAUCUGCUCCUGCGUGUGGCGUUGGUCCGUAAACGUAUCAUGUACACCGCAAGUGGUAUGGCAUUGACCGCGGACAGGCCUGGAAGCAAGAUUGCCUCGACCUGGCCGAGCAUUUCUAUGCGCUACUUGAACCACUGCAGCCCAAGUUGAGCUCAGAUCAUACCGGACAACUCAUCGACCUCUGUUACGAGAUUGGGAACGACCAGCUUGUGAAGCAACAUAGCAGUCGGGCUGUGGAAUGGCUCAAGAGGGCUUGUACGCUCUCCACCAGCAGAAAUGCAGAAGCUGCAGACGUCGAUACACAGGAACUGCGGCUCACCUUGCUGCACACCUAUGGUAAGCAC